AGUGUACAGAGAGCUCUGUGCACAUGGAGAACAUUUCUGCGGAGCGUCUUUAGAAUGUUAGCGGGACAUUUUUCUAAGAAAAUGGGCCUUUAAAUCUAGAUGUAGAUGUUUAGCCAGAGAACUGUCUUACAGCCGUAAUCCAAAUGUAAAACUGACCUUAAACACUGCCAAGGAUCAUCGUUGGUUAAUGUUCAACUCAGGAGGCUCUUGGUGUGGCUGCAGAGGAAUUUGGAAAUGGGACUUUGCGUUUAGAUUUUGAAACCAGCCAGACGGACAGACAUGGGCAGCGGUACAAGCCGAGGGAAGAAAGUUGCACCUGCGUGUGUCGGCGAGGUGAAGGGUACAAAAUCAACCUCUGGUGAAACGUCACCAAAACAGGAAAGCCGGCCUUUUAAGCCUCUUAAAAUCCAAUCAAUUUUGCGCAACGCGCGCAACCGUGCGCAACCGGAGUGCCACAGCGAGGGGCACGACUCUGACUUUUCUCGGGAGGAAGAUGACAUUGACGGGGAGAUGGACACUGUUAUUGCGGAUUACGAGGAGCGAGAGAAAACUUCCGUGAAGAAAACUCCUCCCAAGAAGAUAGUCAUUAGAUCUAAAACAUACGGACUGUGUCCCUUCAGCCAAGAGGAUGGAAAUGACUUCAGCUCCGACGAGCCACGUGGCUCACACGGUGGAUCCGGAGAUGUAAACAAGAGGAGCAGUGAUGCUUCCACACAACCUGCGUGCCCCAGUCAGCACAGUUCCUCUCAGGGUUUUUUGACAAAAGGGGCUUUGUUGGAAGCUGUUCCCACAUCAGAAAAACAAUCGACGUUUGGUAGCUCCUCUCUCACCACGCCAGCCAUCAUGUACGAUGGAUCAGAAGAGGAGCUGAUGAACACUAUUGAGAAAGAGUUUAAUUGACCCCCAGCUGAGAGUGCUGCAGCAAAGCUGUUUUCUCUUCAGCUGUCCUUGUGGCACAGAAAGGUUUGCAUUAGCAAUUUCUAAAAUAGAAAUGGGUGCAGGUUUUUUUUUGACAAUUUCCUGUUACCAAGGAAGGCUACAUCCACUGUAUUUAAGUAGGAUUUCACAGGUAAAUCCUACAUUGUUUGUGUUGAACUUAAACUGCUGCACUCCAGGCCUUUGCAUUUCACCCAAGUCUUAUUUAACAACAUGUGGCAGUGUAAUCGCAGAGCUAUAACACCAACUUGAACAGGUGCCAGGAGGUUCUCCUUGCAGUCCAGAGAGCUGAGAGAAGCCUUCCUGGUGUGUUAUCUGCAGCGGUGUCACUGUCACCCCCUCAACGCUGCAGGCCUCCCACAGAGCACACACCUUCUUAUUUGUUACCUAUUACCUACUUUACUUUAACUUUGCUGUUAAUAGGUAAAGGAAAGAGCACACAUGUUUCUCUGGUUGCUAAAACUGAGGUAGUAGCAUUAAAACCACAUUCUUGUGGCCAUGCUAUAUGCAAGCAUCACAUUUUCCAGCAGCAGAUGUGCAGGGCAGGGUAUAGGGUAGAGUUUUUGUGGCGACCCUGCAAAGGUAUGAGCUGGGAUGUUUGUUUAAGGUUUCCUUCCUGGCCACAGUUCCUGCACUUUUCCACCCUUGUGAAGAAGGAAUGUGUGGCAACAGAGACUUUUAGUCAGGCUCACUUAAGACGCAGCUGUGUUUUAGCCACAUUCAACUAUAAUGGGAUGCUGCCACUUAGUGGUGGAACACAGUAGCAUGAACACAUACUUGAACAUUAAUAAUGUAUGUGUAAACAAAUGGCAUAUGUCAAUGAUUGACAAAAGGGGAAAUUCAACCUGGCAUGUAGAGAAAGGGUUUUUUAAUGUUGUUUUAUAUUGCAAAUAAAAAUGGAUUGUUGCUGUA